AAGGAAUGGCUCUACAACCAGUGUCGCCGGAAGGCUCCAAAGCCUCUCAUUAAGUAUGGCAAGAAAUGGACGGCUCACUGGGUGUUGAUUGAGCAGAACAAAGCCCAGAUACGAGAGGAGACUGGAGAAACUCCUGGGAGUGAGGGGAUGAUCACCAAGUGGCCAGAGGCCACAAAGACUGUGCUCGCUGGUCUGUCAGCAGAGGAGAAGGAAGAGGCGAGAGUGACGGCAGAGAAGUGGAACAAUGAAGCUGUGCUGCCCGACAUCCAAGCCAAUGUCGCCGAAACCAAAGGCACCAACAUGAUC